AUGUUCAAAUUCCCUAAAUAUGCCAUCUCGGUUUCUGACUAUGAAGUGGAGCCAAAUAAUUCUGAAGGUUUGAUAUCACUCAAAGUUGGUGAUCUGAUGAUUCUCCUUCGUGAGUAUGAAACUGGUUUGGGUUGGGCAUUGGUUCAAAAAGUGGAUAUUCGUGAUGUUCAUCGAAAUGGAUGUCGAGUCUAUGAUCAUGAUAUUCCACGUAAUGAGAAGCAUAUUGGUUUUGUUCCGACUGCCUUCUUGGCUGCUCUUCGAUUUGAACCACAGAAAUUUGAUCCUUCUGUGCCACUCGAUUUGCAAGUGGCUCUGAGUGAGAAUGGAGAAGAGUAUCAGAAGAAGAUUGGUGUCAGAUUUUAUAUUUAUGAAGGAUACUAUAGAGAUAGACAUGAGGAUGUUUGUAUGAUUUCAAAGGCAAAACUCAAAACCAAUGUACCAAAGAUGCACUGUUUGGAGAGUGAUAAAUUUGAGGAUUUUAAUAUUUCAAUGGAGGAAUGGGAGAAGAAGAGUGUGGAGGAGUGGAAGAUUAAAGCAAGAGAAACUAUUGCCCAGCGUAAACCAAUUCCUAUUCAUGAUGUUUUCUUGGUGAAAAAUUCGAAACAUCCUGCUCAUUUGCAUUGGCUCACCAAAGGUUCCUACGUUGCUGAAACUCUCAAUAAUGCUCUAUUGGCCUAUGCUGAUAGACCUUGUUUGGGUUAUAGAAGAAAAAUUGCCAAGGAUCAAUAUGAGAACAAGUAUCGUUGGUUUACAUAUGCUCAACUCCACGAAAGAGUAUUGAGAUUCGGUAAUGGGUUGAGAAUUUGUUUCAAUAAUGAAAAGCUCUUGACUCAACACAGAGAAAAUCAAAAAGAAAUCAACAGAGGAUUCGUUGGCAUUUGUUCAAUUAACAGACCUGAUGGUUUGUGCUGA